UAGAUGUUUUUCAUGGCAACAAUCGGCAGGAGGUGUUUGGACGUAACGUCCAGACUGUGAGACAGCAGUUUACAACUAUAUUGUUAGUGCUUAUUAGUUAACUGAAUGUUUACUCGCAGUACGUAUUAAUAAGAGGUUUCAAACCUGGGACUUUGGGAGAUCUGUUUUAUGCCCAAUGAUAUAACAGCCUGGCAGUGACACAGAGGGCACCAGACGUGUAUUGGGUGUGAAUGAAACAGAAAUUAGAGGAUUAUGAUUAGAGAAUGGUUCCUUGUCAGAACCAUGUGAUGUUAAAGUGGCAGGAGCACCUGAACAGCUCCUGGGCGUCGGAGAACAGCGAGCAGGUGUCCACGAGGGAGGGAGCCUCCAUCCUCUAUAGCAAGCUCCUGAGCAACAAGGAGGUGGUGGGACUGGCUCAGCCGGCACAUGACCUUAUUGGCCCCCGGCUCCCAGACUUUGAGCAUGAUGAAAACGCUGCGGAGGAGCGGGAGGCGUAUCUUACAGCGCUCCUGCAUAGCCAGCUUGGCCUGGCCCGCCGCACCCUGGCCAGCACGCCCUAUGCACUGUCCUUGCACCACAGACUGGCAGCCAUACAGCGUAUCUAUUAUGCACUGUCCAGUAAAUACCACGAUCGCUUUUGGACUGGAGUGCAGGCCUCAUCCACAAACAGCCUGGACACCGGGGAACUGGAACAUGCCUCGGACUCCUGGCAAGAAGGCAUGUGCACCAAGUCUGGGACAGACGUCCUGAUAGAGAUGGGCGUGAGGACUGGCCUCAGCCUUCUGUUUGCCCUGCUGCAGCAGAACUGGUACCAAGCCAGACUGGACCCCGGUUUAGCCCUGUGCAAUGACGUGCUAGCCACAGCCUCUUCAGUGCUCACCUCACUACCUCCUCUCUCCCUGGCCAAUGAGAACAAGAUCCCGCCAGUGGGGCUGGAAUGCCUGACACAGGUGACAGCAUUUCUGAAGAAGACCUCUGUCCCAAGCUCGGGGGCGGACAGCGCGGGUAGGAGGCUGGCUCUGGAACUGCUGCUGGGGCUGGCAGUGCAGAGGGGGUCACUUAGGUUUCUGUUGGAGUGGAUUGAAGUGUCACUGGCAGCCUCCACGGCCACCAACGCAAUGUUGCCAGAGCAAGAGGAUGGGAUCGGGCAUGAUUGCAUUCUUAAAACUCUGGCCCAGAUGAGACAAUACUCAGGUAUUGGAGGAGAGGCUCACCAUGUCCAGGAACUGAAGAAAAACGCUGAUGGACUCUGCCCUCUCGCUCAUGUGGCACUCAGUCUCUUUGAGGAGAUCUGUCAUUUGGCCUCCAAUUGCCAGUGUUCUUGCAGCACUAGUUCUGGGUCCCAGGGCAGCAACAGUGAAGCAGUUGUUGUCUAUGUCUGGGGAAGUAACAGCAGUCACCAGCUAGCGGAAGGCACUCUGGAGAAGAUCCUGCAGCCCAAGCUGGCUCAGGGAUUCAGUAACCCACAAAUGAUUGAAGCUGGGCAGUACUGCACAUUUUCAGUGUCCACAGACGGCUCAGUGAAAGCAUGUGGAAAAGGAAGCUACGGAAGACUUGGGCUGGGAGACUCCAAUAAUCAAUCAGUUCCCAAGAAACUGGUGCUGGAUCCCCCUCGAAACAUCAGGAAAGUCUCUUCUUCAAAGGGCUCUGACGGCCAUACGAUGGCAGUGACAGGAGAGGGGGAGGUGUUCAGCUGGGGUGACGGCGACUACGGGAAGCUUGGACAUGGAAACAGCGCAACUCAGAAAUAUCCCAAACUCAUCCAGGGACCAUUGCUUGGCAAGGUUGUGGUUUGUGUGUCUGCUGGAUACAGACAUAGUGCAGCUGUAACGAGUGAUGGAGAACUCUACACCUGGGGAGAAGGUGAUUUUGGUAGGCUUGGGCACAGUCACAGCCAUAGCCGGAAUGUGCCAACCCUUGUGCAGGAUAUCAGUGGAGUGGGGCAGGUGGCCUGCGGUAGCUCCCAUACCAUUGCAGUGGCUCAGGAUGGCCGGGUAGGGUGGUCGUUUGGAGGUGGUGACAAUGGUAAACUGGGCCAUGGGGAUACAAACAGAGUGUACAGGCCCAAAGUAAUUGAAGCGCUGCAAGGUCUCAGUAUUAGGAAAGUGUGUGCAGGCAGUCAGUCCUCGCUGGCACUGACCUCUGCAGGACAGAUGUUUUCCACAAACGUACUCAGCAACCGUGGGUUCAGACCCAUGAGCUCUUGUCUGGGGUGUGGUUCAUCUGAAACAACAGCCCUGAAGCCUCAUCUCAUUGAAGAACUGAGUAUGACCAAGAUCAUUGAUAUCUCCUGCGGAGACAGCCACUGUCUUGCCUUGUCACAUGAAAAUGAAGUAUAUGCCUGGGGUAACAAUGCAAUGGGACAAUGUGGACAGGGACACACCUCCACUCCUGUCACAAAACCCAAGAAAGUAAUUAGCUUGGAGGGAGUAGCCAUUCAGCAGAUUACCGCUGGCACUUCGCAUAGCCUAGCCUGGACAGCUGUACCUACAGACAGGCAGCUGGUAGCUUGGCACAGACCUUUCUGUGUUGAUCUGGAGGAGAGCACCUUCACAUACCUCCGCAACUUCUUGGAGCGCUACUGUGAUGGGAUCAACAGUGAUGUGCCCCCACCCCCAUUUCCAUCUCAGAGAGAACACCACCAGUUUGUGCUGCUUUGCCUGAAGCUGCUGUCCACUCACCUCUCCCUGGCCCAUGCGGGGGGUAUUGGAGCCUCGGUCCUGGGGGUGCAGGGGAGGCCCCUCAGGAACCUUCUCUUCAGGCUCAUUGACUCGAAUGUUCCUGAUUCUAUUCAGCAGGCUGUGAUGAACACCCUCUCCAUUGGUGCAUCACUGCUCCUGCCUCCUCUCACGGAGCGAACAGAGCUUUUGCACUCUCUUCUACCUCAGGGCCCAGAGAGCUGGGACAGCCUUUCCAAUGGGCAGAGAAUGCAGCUGGACAUGGUUAUGAACAGCCUGCAGGAGCAGUCCCAUGUUGCCUCCUUGCUUGGGUACAGCUCUCCAGCAGAGCUAUCUACGGGGCUAACCCAGAGUUCUGCACCGGGCCAGCCUACAGUUGGCUCAGACACUAACAACCACUUUCACCUGGCAGAAGUCCUCCUAAAGACUCUUCUACUGAACAUCGGUUUCUACACUGAACUUGCUUUUGGAGAAUUGGAGAAAAAUAGCGAUAAACUACAAAGCAGCAUAGCCCAUAAGCAGAGUGAUCCACCCUCUCAUUUUCAUCGUCUCCUGUCAGCUAUGCACAGACACCUCCUGGCACACUGCUGCACUAACACAGAAUCAAAGGAGGAUGGCAGUGUGACGUUACUUCAUAAACACCUCUGCCUGCUGUUGCCUAACGCUGCUGACACCUUUAGGAGGUCUACCAUUUUACUGGAGGAAAGCGCUCUUGACAAGCACGUUAUUAAGAAACUGCACACUGUUCUGUACGGCUCUGCUGCAGGAAGCCUCAUGUGUCAGGUGAUAUACUCUCUCCUGCUAUUGCCGCUCCAUGUUAUACGUCCUCUGCUGCCUCACCUUCUGUCCCUGCUCGAGCAUAUCAAUGAGCUCAACUGCUUCUUACCUGAUACCGGAGUCUUGGAGGAGCAAGAGCUGGAAGGAACACUCUUUGAAUCAUCAGAAAGUCCUAACCCAUCAGCUGAAGCAGAGACUGGAUCGUGGGUCUGGCUGCUUGAUUUGGAGAGGUCGGUGGCUUUGACUAUUGGCUGGUGUCUGGGUGGAAUGUUACAGGGGCCUCCCCUUUCCCAACAGGAGAGAGCAGCUGAGUUCUGGCUAGAGAACCCCCUCCUGCGAAAUGGCUUGGAGAUGGACUGUGAUCAGCAAGAUUCGUUAAUGAUGUGGUUGACCGAGACUGCGCUCUCUGGCUGUGCUGACCCCAAGCUAGGAGAUGCAAAGCUGUCUGAGGAGAAUGCCAUGCUGAUAGAUCUGGCUCUGGGCAUCGCUCGAGAGCCAACACACAGCCUCUGGAGGAGAAUGAAGGACUAUGCCAUAAGCCGAGACUGGGAGAAUGAUAAUGUUGGAGAUUCUCUUCUGGAUACAGUAUGUAGAUUCGUGUUUGCUGCUUUACUGAAACACGCUGGGCUACAUGAGCAGGCAUAUUGGCAGGAUAGGUAUGAGCCUUGUGAGAAGCUUAUAGAAAUCUACCAGAUUGUGUACAAGGUUCGAAACACUCUGCUUUCACGCAAGGACUUGGCAGAGAACAUCAUUAAUGGUCAGACGUUACCCAGAGCCAAAGAGUUUUCAGAGGCCCCUGAGGUGGAGCAGGAGGUGAGCACUGGGGAGAAGGGAGAGAGGGCAGCGGAAGGCCCAGGGGAGCAGCAGAGUGGCCUGGGAGACAGUGCAGAGCGCAACCAGGAGGCGAGGCCAGAGGAGGACACCCCCAGCAUCAGCAGUAUGUACCUGCCGGAGGUGCUGCAAUGUUUCCUGGCCACGCAGGAGGCUAUGCAGCUCCACGAGAAUGAGACUUUGUACGAAUCCUCCGGGACCACCUCGCAGCCCAGCAGCACAGAGAUCCCCUACUCCCCUGAACGAGAGGAGGCUGGGGCCCCAGUGUGCCGGGAAUGGGAGAGGAAACAAGGCUCUAAGGAGAGGCUGUCCUUCCUCACCGCCUGCCACUCCACCAUCUCCCGCUGUGCCUUUCUCAUCCUUGGAGUGAGGGCAGCCUGGCAGGACAGAGGCGACAUGGACACAGAGCUUUCAGGGAAAAGUAGAAAAUCAGGUUCUACUCCUGAAGACCAGCAGUUGCAUUACUCAAAGACAGGAUUCAGCCAGUACCUUGAAACAGGAACAUUAGCAGAGAAAGAGUUUUCAGAUCAACCAAGAGCCCAGUCUUCUAGAUCCUCAAAAAACAAAAUGGGCUUACCCCUCUGUUCGCUGGGGAUUAUGAAGGAUGCCUGGGAGAGGCUGCGGCAGUGCAUCAGCCCGACCCCUAACCUGUGUGCCGGGUCCAGCUCUCAAGUGCUUACUCAAAUAUUCCAGUUUUUGUGUGGGAGCAUGCUGAGAACAUCCACCCUGGUAGAACAGGAGGCAGGCAGCCAGGCGGACCCCCGAGCUAUUGCCGUUGCCAUGGCACAGCAACAGCAGCGAGCAGAGCUUCGUCUGGAAGCACUUUGCCAGAUCUCAUCUUUCCUCUCAGAAAUGGAUGAGAAGAUCAGCUGCUCCUCACCACCUCCUAGAUUUCCUGGACUACUUCUGACGGCACAGCUUCAAUUCCUGUCAGGUUGCUAUAGCCUGGGAACUCCAAUAUCAACCAACCUGACUGGGAACAAUGGAAAAAUUCAGCAUUACACUUCGGGAACACAAUGUGCCCAAGCAGGCACUCGGAGGGACCUUCAAGGUGCAGUGCACACACACUACCAGCAGGUGGUGGAGGCGCUUAGAAAUAGAGUUGUGGCUGAGAAGGAACUUUCAGGGUCCUAUCAACAUCUUCUGCUCGCCACCCUCUUUGCACUAAAUAUCCAUUACCAAGCUCUGGACCUAGUUGUGGUUGUUAAGAGUGGCCUGCUAGAAAUCCUCUCAAAGCUGACUGACACCACUUGUGUGUUACUGAGCCAACGUUGGCUUACUGCUACAGCACCUGGGCACAUGCAGCUCAGUGGCGCAGUUAAACUCGCCAGUGCCAGGCUGCUUCAGAUACUUGCCAUUGCAGCUAGCUCCUGUGCAGAUGCCCUUCCUUUAGAUGUUUUACAGGCACUGAUGGAUGUGAUGUGCCUACAGCUACAGAACCUUUUACACAUGGUCUAUGAGCAAGAAAUGCCUGAGCUGAACGUAGGGAAUCAUGCAGAACAAACUACAUGCAGAGAAAGUCCAGAACAAGAAAAAGCCAGUGUCAAGAGCAGUCGGAUAGUGGAGUCUCAUCUGGCUGACUUUCUGGUCUUCCUUCGUCGUAUAGUCUCGCUGAGAAGCAACAAAAGCUUCUCUGCAUUUGUCAAAUGGAUCGAUCCUCUGAUGGGAAUUGUUUCUCAGAAGCACACUUCGGGUGCCCCACUCAUUAAGAACUUACGAACAAAAUUGCUUGCCUUUCACAUUUUGGAAGCAUUGCUGCCUGGCUGUUCAGAGCCAUUGCAAAUUAAUCAGAUUGUAGAUAAGCUGUUUGGGCUGGUGUCUGCCUGUAUGUGGGAAGAACCUCUAGCAAUCAUCAAAGAACAAGAGCAUCAAGCUGAAAACUCCAAGCAGGGUUCUGACAACGAAGAAGAGUGUGUUCCUAUUGGAGAUUUUUCCUUUGAUCCAGAUAAACUGAUUUGCUGCUCAAUGGAGAGUGGGAAUGUGCUGUCCCAUGGAUCAGGAGGGAAAGGGUAUGGGUUAGCUACAACAGCUAUAACAUCAGGCUGCUUUAUUUGGAAGUUUUACAUCACCAAGGAGAACAGAGGGAAUGAGGGCACGUGUGUGGGGGUGUCCCGCUGGCCCAUCCGAGACUUCAACCACCGCACCACGAUGGACAUGUGGCUUUACCGUGCCUAUAGUGGCAGCCUGUACCAUGGUGGAGAGCUGGGUGGAGUGCUGCCCACCUUCACGCAGGGAGAUACCAUCACCUGCAUACUGGACAUGGAGGCCAGAACCAUCUCCUUUGCCAAGAACAACAAGAUGGCGAUGUUAGCUUUUGAAGAUGUUGAUGCCACAGAGUUGUAUCCCUGUGUCAUGUUUUAUAGCAGCAAUCCUGGAGAAAAAGUAGCUCUGUGUGACCUUGAGAUGCGGGGGAUGCCCCGUGACCUCUUGCCAGGGGACCCGCUGUGUAGCCCUCGAGCCACAGUGCUUGUGGAAGCAGGCAUCCAGCUCAUGCGCAGACUCCAUCGCCAUGACAGCUGGACUGCAUCCAUCAACAAGUACAUGCAGGCCAGGCUGGAGCGGAUCAGUCCACUAAUGAAAGAAGGAAGAAUUGGAAAAGUGAGCAGAUCACAAACAGUUGGCUGUAACUUGUUUAAGAGAGCAGCCCUGGAUGAGGAGAAGAUUCCAGAUGCGGAGUGUGGGGAGGCAGUCCCGUGCCUCUCGAAGCUCGCAGAGCCUCAGCUGACGGCACUCUGUUCUGAGGUGUGGCCAGUGCUGGCUGUGAUUGGGGGAGUGGACAGUGGGCUUAGAGCUGCAGGGCAGUGUCAGCAUAAACCCAGCAGCCGGAGAGCCACGCUGUUAGGGGUAUUGAAAGAAGGAAGUUCAUCAGCCAAGCUGCAGUGGGAAGAGGUUGACAUGACUGUCAGCUUCCUGAAUUCUUGGUCACCCAGCGACACCCCGCUGUCCUCCCUGGAGCCCUGUGAAGUGCCCCAGGUGGACGUUGCCCGAUUCAAGGGCCUGAAACCUUCUGUCUUGUUAGACCUGAUCUGCCUAACUGGAGUGCUGGAGGAAGAGGAAAACCAACUCGGCAGGAGAGCACCAAAAAGGAGGGAAUCAGAAAGCAGCCAAAGGAGCGAACUGGAAAAGAGAUUGGAUGAAGACAUAGCUAGAGUCAUGAUGGGUGAGGAUCGGUGUCCGGAAGCAGUCACUGUGUUGGAUGGCUUGAAAACCACAACUAUACCGGCAGAGGAUAAAGUGACCAAAAAAGAUUAUCUGACAGCAAGCAAAGAGAAUGUAAAUGAGCAGGAGGGCAACCUAACCUCCCAGGCAAACAGUCGGACUGACCUCUUUUCCUCUGAGCUGCGUGCGGUGCAGGUGUCCUACCUGUUACUUGGGGCACUGAAGUCUCUUGCUGUUAUUCUGAGCUGCGGCAAAUUUGCAGAUAUGCUUUUGAUACCAAAGUUGGAGGCCAGUAGUCAGAAUGGGCCAGAAACAGCCAAGACUCUGAUUAGUGUAGAAAACAGGGAGCUGCGAUCGGUCCUGCAGUUCCUGGUGCGGAGCGUGGUAAAGUGGGCAGUGAGGACCUGCCCCAUUAAGCAAGUUGUCUCCCUGUCUGACUUGGAGCGUGCCCAGAUAAUGAUCUUCAAGGGAGCUCUGAACAUGUUACAGGAGGAUUCUGGGACAACAGACCAUCAAAAAGAAUCUGGGACUGUCCCCUGUCCUCCAUCGCAGACAAUGUCUCAAUCAUCAAGCACACUAUCUCUAUACAGCAACGGCUCCGACAGGAAUGCUACUUUCUGUAUGUCCAAUGAAGCAUCUGCGUCCUCCUCCAGCAACGACUUGGCAGCCUCCCUACUCACUGUGCUGCAGGCAGAUGGACUGGAGAACUUCAACCCCUUCCUCCCCAUCAAUCUGCUGCAACGGAUGGUGUUAGCGAGGUUCCCUACCCUGGCUGGACUGCUCAAUAACCCCAUGUUGUACCCCAGCUUCAACAUGGCAAAUUCUGCUUCCUGUGACGGCUUUUCAGAACAACAGACUUGCUUCGUAGGACCAUACAACCGGGCUAAUAAUCCACCUGAACGACCCCAAAUAUUUGUUCCUGUACGGUUGCUAGAAAUGGGCUUCUCCAUGAGACAUAUCUACAAAGCAAUGGAAGAUGCAGGAGUCACUGGGGAAGCAGACGCCCGCACUAUUGAGGUGCUGGCUAGCUGGAUGCUGGAGCACCCCCUCACAGAUCAGCAGCUGAUAGAUUACCCAUCCGCAGAGAACCCCAGUGAAACUGGAAUAGUCUCCCCUGAGGGACCAGAGACCGUCCAGCGGCCAGAGUCGCCCACUCCUAACUCCCACCCCGAGGGAGAUGAAAGCUUAAUCGCGGGUCUGGAUCAUGUUGAAAGAGAGAACUUCCUUGAUGUCCACCUCACCCGAAACAGGCCUCCCCCAGCACGCAGGCAGCGCUCCAGUCUGGGACAGCGAUCUUUCUUCAGGAGAGCUGACUCUCCUUCCCCCAAUUUGGUGCCACCCUUGUUUGGUCGUGAGCAGGGGGCAGCGGACUGGCCUGAGAGAGCGGAGACUCACCCCUUCCCUUCAGAGGAGGAGCCUGAGCUGGGCUUCAUGGACGAUACGCGGCAUGAGGAGUCCUCCGAGGAGAUUUUCACACCCGACUUCACGAAUGCCGAGAGAGACACAUUGUGGAUGGUAGAGGGAGGAGAGAACCAGGCUGAACCUGGGGAGAUGGUGGAGUGUGAGCUCUGCGAGACUCUGACCUUGCAGUUCAACAGCCAUAUGAAAAAAAAUCACCCAGGAUGUGGGCAGGGCACGGAGCGCCGGGGUUACCGUAGCAACGGUACAUACGUUAAUGGCUGGUUUGGAGGGGAGUGUGGCUCCGGUAGUCCGUACUACCUGAUGUGCAGUACCUGCAGGGAGAAAUAUCUUGCUGCCAAAAUUGACGAAAACCAUUUCAAAUCCAACAGAUUGAAGAACUUGGCCUCUGAUUUAAUUGGGAGAUUGGAUAACAGUUCUGAAGAAGAUUGGGAGCUGUUAGACCUUGUGGACGGUGACAGACUGACAGGACUGGAAGAUUUUGGCUUCCUUUCGGGGUCUCUAGGGCUGGGUGAGAAGAAGCAGGUUCCUGAUCCAGUCUCAUUCACAGAACAGGACCCCCUGGGAGCUCUAGUUACAAGCGCUACCAGCAACAAACACUCACUGCUUCACAAAGGCUCAUACAGUGCUGAGGAGAAGGGUUCUUCUGCCAGACAGAGCCUGGGAGAGCAGGCUGCCUCUCUCCGUGAUCACCAGGACCGUAUGCUGGCACUGAGGCGCAUCACAACUGCCACGCAAAUCCUCCUGGCGCAGGGCAUGGUCAUGAAGGCGUUAUCCAGGAUUUCUGCCAGUGGCUCAGUGUGUAGUCAGUCUAGUGGUCUGGAAGCCCUGGGCCUCGCUGACAUUCGUAUCCUGGUUCGGUUAAUGUGCCUGGCUGCAGCAGGAAGAGUUCACACAACCAUUGACGGGCUUGGAUUUGGAAGAGGCACCACUGCAGAGAAGACAGGCUCCAUCUGCCUCACCUUCCUGAGUUCAGCCAUUGGCUGCUUGGUAUCAAACAGUCCCUCCGCUUACCGGGAGCUGGUAGACAUCUGCACCCAGGACUUGAUCGCUGCAGCAACAGGAAUGAAUAUUGGAGCUAUCAGUGACCCACAGCAGAAAAAACGACACGUUUCUACAUUUAAAGGACCAGCAAAAGAGACCGUAGAGGUGACCUCCCCAAUGUUCCUGGUAACUCAAACCCUGGUCUCGCUGCUUACACAGAAGGGAAUACGCCACCGACAAAGCCCAGAGAGAGCAGACACAGAGCCUAAGGAUGCUGGUAGCCCCGUGGGUGUAGGUGCAUUUGUGCCACACUCAGCUGUGCGUGUUGGGCCCCUGGAGCUGGCCAAUGCACUGGCAGCAUGCUGCCUGUCUGCGAGACUUACCAACACAAACAGGCAGUGGGCUGCUCAGCAACUUGUGCAGGCUCUGGCUGCGUCUGAGAGAGACAAUCCCAUCAGACCCCAGACUUACACAGACAUGGCAGGGGACCUGCGAAAGUGCCCAACAUUGAAACUGGAAGCACAUCACAACAGGGUCACAAGUUGCAGUUGGUGCAGUGAAAAGGGCUUGCUUGCCACUGGUGCCCAGGAUGGAACUAUGCGACUGUGGAGCAUCACCAAGACUACUGGGGAAUUGCAGUGCACAUGUAGCUGCAGCAUUAGCAUGGAGAAGUCCGGCCCAGGCAGCAGCAUGGGGAUUGAAAUAUCUUCAGUUUACUGGAGUGCUGGUGGGGCUUUUCUUGCUGUUUUCCAAGAGAAGCUGGUCAACAUCUGGACAGUAAAUGGUUCGCAAUGUCAUGUGGAGAGGCAGCCCUCGUGGGUGACAGCCAUCUCAUGGGUGGAUACGCGCAUGCCAUACCCCAAACAGGGAGUUGCAGCCCGGGGUGGAUCUGCUGAGAACCUGCUUGUUGGCAGACUGGAUGGAUCUCUGUGCUGGAUAGAGAUCACAGAGACAUUUCAUAUUGAAAGCAUAGAACUGACCCAUUGCCAAAGGAAUAAUGCAGCUGUUCAUUGUAUUGCCUGGCACAGUCUGGAUAAGCCUUUUGCAGUUGGAUAUCCAGAUGGAAAGAUAUUGAUCUCUACCACAGGGCCCUAUGACACAGAGAGUCCCCUCAUACUGUCUGCUUUUCCUGAGAGUGUAUCUGACUUGAAAUGGGACCCAACAGGACACCUGCUGCUCUCAAUGGCCAGAGCUGAAAUGGUGAAGAUCUGGGGCCGGGUGGGAAGUACCUGGCUUACUGUGCACUCCCUGUUUCACACUGCCCAGGUUAAUGUUGCUGUGUGGUGCCCUCUGCCUGGCACAGGCUCUGAUCCCAGACUGAUGCUGGCUGUAGGGUGUCAGAAUGGCCUUCUAUAUGUGUGGACUGUACCACAAGGUGGCACUGCUGUAUCACUACCUAACGUUUUAAACACCAGUCAGAACAGAGACAGGAUCAUAGAGUACCCACAGCGGGGCAGUGCAAAGUGUGUGUUCAGACUGAAUGGCCACAUCACAGCUGUGAAGUCUGUAUCCUUCAGUCCCAAUGGGAUGGCUUUAGUCUCUGGAGGAUUGGGAGGCCUCCUCAAUAUCUGGUCCCUUCGGGAUGGAUCAGUACUGCAGACAGUUGUGACUGGCUUGGGCUCUGUGGUCAGCACUGCCUGGAUUCCAGAUGUUGGUGUUGCAGCAUGCUCUGGAAGGGCAAAGGACGUGCUGCUGAUCCGCUGCUCCCCUGACUGGAUCUCUAACAACCAUGUUCUGGCCUCCUGCCGCAUGGUGCUUCGUGCUCAGGGCAUCGUGGGGUUGAACAAGGCCCCGUGCAUGACGGUGUUUUUAGAGAGACUACCCCUUCUCCUGCAGGAACAAUACAACUAUGAAAAGUGCCACAUGACGUCUGGUGAUCAGCUUGUCCACAGUGCCUUUCUCCAGAGCCUGGCCUCCUUGGCGGUGGGGCUUUCUCUGGAGCAGCUGCUUUGCAGAUGCCCUGCCCCCCCUCACCAUGCAAACUGUAACCUGGACCUGAGCGCCCCAGAAUGGGGCUGGCUCGCAACUUUCUCCACUACUGUCAAGAGUGCCGAAGCAUUUGCCAAAGGAACUGCCUUCCCAGAAUCAUUCAGUGUUCCUGAUCUGAGACCAGCUGGAGACUCUGAAAUCCCCAAACCCCUGGAUAACAGUAAAUGGAGCAUCAUGAUGGAUGAACAACUGAUGUCCUGGGCCACAGCCAGACCAGAAGACUGGCAGCUAGGGGGGAAGAGUGAAGUGUUCCUGUGGGGAGGAGGCCGUCACGGACAGCUGGCAGAUGCAGGAACCAACCUGCUGGUACCAACACUCGCUCCCUCCCUAUCCCAGGCACAGCAGGUUGUGUGCGGACAGAACUGCACGUUCCUAGUUCAGGCCAAUGGGACAGUCCUAGCCAUCGGAGAGGGCAGUUACGGGAGACUUGGCCAAGGAAACUCGGAUGAUCUGUACACUCCCACUGUCAUCUCCUCGCUGCAGGGCUAUGUGGUGACUCAGCUGGCAACGUCCUGUGGGUCUGACGGACACUCCCUAGCCGUGUCUGAAAGCGGUGAAGUCUUCAGCUGGGGAGAUGGGGAUUAUGGGAAACUCGGACAUGGUAACAGCGAGAGGCAGAGACGACCCAAACAGAUUGAGGCCCUGCAGGGGGAGGAGGUGGUGCAGCUCGCUUGUGGUUUUAAGCACUCAGCAGUGGUGACCGCUGAUGGAAAACUGUUCACAUUCGGGAGCGGAGACUAUGGCCGUUUAGGACAAAGAUCAACGUCUAACAAAAUGUUACCAGAACGAGUUGUGGCCCUGGAAGGUCACGUCAUAGGACAGGUGUCCUGUGGUUUAAAUCAUACACUGGUAGUGUCCUCUGAUGGCAUGACAGUCUGGGCGUUCGGAGAUGGGGAUUAUGGGAAGCUAGGCACAGGGUCUUGCACUGUCAAGUGCUAUCCACAGAAGGUGGAACAGCUGUGCAACAAAGGAAUAAAGAAGGUGGCUUGUGGAACCCAGUUCUCAAUUGCACUUUCGAAGAAUGGGCAUGUGUACACUUUUGGACAAGAACGUCUGAUUGGGCUCCCGGAGUCAAUGCAGAAGAACCAUAACCAUCCACAGCUUGUGCCAGCACUGGAGAGUGUCUUUGUGGUAGAUAUUGCAGCUGGAUCAGAGCACAUGAUGGCUCUCUCCUCUACAGGAGACGUCUAUACUUGGGGGUGUAACUCUGAAGGGCAGCUUGGUCUCGGCCAUUCAAACCCGGUGAAAGAGCCGACACUGGUGACUGCCCUGCAAGGGAAGAACAUUAGACAGAUAUCAGCUGGACGGUGUCACAGUGCUGCAUGGACCACCCCAUCUCCAGCUGCCAGGGCUCCAGGCAUCAUGGCACCCCUCCAACUUGGCCUUCCUCAGUCCAUUCCCCCACAGUACAAUGCACUGAAAGACUGCAACCCUGAGGUUCUAAAUGCCCGUCUCAGGGUCCUCUACCACUUCUCUGAUUUAAUGUACAAGUCCUGGAGACUGCUCAACCUCAACCCAAUGAAUCAGGUUUCAGCCUCCCGAUACAGUUCAGGAGCCUCUGCGAUUGCACAGGGCCAGUUAAGAGGCCUGCUGUCACCUAAGGUGAACACCCUGUCCCUGGUUAGAUCUAUUGGAAGGACAAUGAUACAAGGAAAGACUUAUGGGCCUCAGAUUACUGUCAAGAGAAUUUCCACCAGGGGGCGCUCCAGCAAGCCCAUCUUUGUUCAGAUCGCCAGACAGGUGGUAAACCUGAAUCCCUCUGAACUGCGGCUGCCCUCCAGAGCCUGGAAGGUGAAACUGGUGGGUGAGGGAGCAGACGAUGCGGGUGGAGUGUUUGACGACACCAUCACAGAGAUGUGUCAGGAAUUAGAGUCUGGUGUUGUGGAUCUGCUCAUUCAUACUCCAAACAGUACUGCUGAUGUUGGCAGUAACUCAGACAGGUUUUUGUUCAAUCCCUCUGCUUGCUCAGAAGAUCACAUGGUCCAGUUUCGUUUCCUGGGAAUCCUGAUGGCCGUUGCUAUCCGGACCAAGAAGCCUCUGGCCCUGCACCUGGCUCCUUGGGUGUGGAAGCAGCUCUGCUCCAUCCCACUCAAUGGCCAGGACUUGGAGGAGGUAGACCUGCUCAACUACCGCAGCCUGCAGGGAAUCCUGCACCUGGAAAACAGCGGCAUCAAUGAGGACAACUUCCCUGUGAUGAUUCCUCUGGACUCCUUUACUGCUCGCAGUGCUGAUGGCAGGCUGGUCCCCAUAGUUCCUGGAGGAUGUCACAUCCCUUUGACCUUUCCAAACAGAAAGGACUAUGUAGAGAGAGCCAUCAACUACAGACUGCAUGAAAUGGACCAACAGGUGGCCGCAGUGAGAGAAGGCAUGUCCUCAAUCAUCCCAGUGCCUCUCUUGUCUCUGCUCACAGCUAAGCAGUUUGAGCAGUUGGUCUGUGGAAUGCCAGAGGUGUCUGUGGAAACACUGAAGCAGGUUGUGCGUUACCGGGACAUUAACGACAGCCAUCAGUUGAUUGGUUGGCUGUGGCAGACAUUAGAGGAAUUUACCAAUGAGGAGAGAGUUCUGUUCCUGCGAUUUGUGUCAGGAAGAUCUAGGUUACCAGCAAACACGGCUGACAUCACCCAGAAAUUUCAGAUCAUCAAAGUCGACCGGCCCAUCAAUGGCCUCCCUACAGCACAGACCUGCUUCUUCCAGCUGCGAUUGCCACCUUACACAAGUCAGGCUACCAUGGCAGAGAGACUGCGCUAUUCCAUCCACAACUGCCCUUCCAUAGACAUGGACAACUACAUGCUGUCUCGUAACACUGACACUGCUGAGGGCUCUGAGACAGAGUAUUGAGCAGACCAGUAGACAGACUUCAAUACCUGAAAGCACAAACACCUUCAAUGCUGCGUUAGAGCUUGAAGCAACCCAUUAGUACAAAAACCCUUAAGGCUAAUCCCAAAGCUGUGGCUUCCAAGCACUACACCUGAAACAGAAAGCACCUGUGUUCAGUAGCAUCAGAGCUACUCUGAUUUCUGUUCCUCAAAUUUAGAACUGCUUAAGACCGUAUUUCAUAUUCUGAGACACUAGACUUAAUGGAACAUUAAGAGGCUUGCUUUAGCAGCUCUUCAGAUGGUUUCAACUUGUAGCAUAAACCUCUCCUAUUAAACAUUUGUAAUAAAAGGUGUUGGUUUUUUAAGAUCUGGUUGAAUUGUAUGCAUUUUCAACAGUGGAAAUCCUAAGGAAUAAUGUAAAUCAAUCAUGAAAGAGUUAAAAAUGUGGCAGUCAUUCUGGAGAAAUAGAAUACAAUGACAAGCUGGACUUUCACUACUGGCAAGUGGCUUUGACAUCUGGUUAUCCCAGGUACAUUACUCAUAUGUACAAAUGUUUAUCAACUGGAUUAACACUACAACCGUCAAACCCAUAAUGCCAAGGGUCAUGAAUAUUAACACAUAGUAUGAUGAUGAACUGUGUAUUCUGGUUAGGUUUAAAGGCACUUCUAUGGUAAAUACACACUGUAUAUUUUAAUUACACUUUUGAUUUAUUUUGCCAGCAAAAACAAAUACCUAAUAUAUGCUUAAAAGCAUUACAGAUUUUUUAAAAAAUCAUAGCCCCAAUAUUAAUUUAAAAAAUGCAGUGCAUCGGCCAAAAUGAAUAGUUCAAGUCUUCUUUAAAGUACUGUACUGCAAUAAAGAAUGAGCAAUUACUUUGAAAUGUUAGUGUACCUAUCUUUUUUUUCUUAAGAAGUUAUGCUCCCUAAAUUUUACACCUCUUGUUGUUUUGGGUUUAACAUUUGUGAAUUAAGCUUUUUUUCUGUGCAUUAUUUGAUCUUAGAAACAGUAUUUGGUAAGGUAAACAAGAAUUUUCACAAGCCCUGGAAAUUAAGACAAAAAUCUACUUAGAGGAGAUGCUACUCAACUGAACAUCCCAGUAAUACCAGACCUUUCAAGUUUACAGGUCCAUUGUGGUUUUACUGAAGGUAUGCUUGUUUGAUGAUGUCGUGUGUGCACUUUAGACGCAUGUGUAUUGCUGAAUGUCUGAUGGCCAAUAUAAUAACAUACUGUAUGGGUACUGUUACUGAAAGCAGAGGGGACUUAUUAAACCCUGUGUAAACAAAAUAAAUGUAAUGCUG